AGACUCAGAGAAGCUGGAGAUCCAACAUCGCGUCAAAUCCCAGAAAUUCUCAUGUACCUUAAAGGUUAAACAGAGUAAGAAUUUAGCGAAAAUCAUGAGAUCCAACAUGAGACCAGCUGCUCUGGUUCUCCCUCUUCUUCUUCUUCUCAUCUUCUGCUGCUGCCUUCAAGCCUCAAUUUCAACAGAUCCUCAAAGUCUAUAUUACCAGCAUACGAAACCAAAGGCUCCAACAUCAACGUCAACACAGACUGAGUCUCCUAACAUCAACAGGUCUGCCCCCCAGGAGACGCUGCACGAAGAUGAGUUCCUGGGUCCAGAGCAGUGCCUGCAGAAGAAGUAUACUCGAGCAUCCUGUGACUUGGUCUUCUGUGCUCCGUGGGAACGCUGCUUUGAAGGACAGUGCUCCUGUAAACUUCCGUACCUGUGUUCUAAGGAGAACAUGUCCUCAGUCUGUGGAAACAACAACUUAAAAUAUUGGUCCUACUGCCAGGCGAUGGCGCUGUCCUGUCUGACCAAGAAGGCUGCCAUGUCUCACUUUGGUCAAAACUGCUCAGCUGAAUUUCCCAAGUUCCGAAGUUCGAUCGAGGCUGACACAGGAUUGGUCAGAGUUUUCCUUCCUGACGUGAAUAGAAAAGGUGGCGGAGACGACCUCCUGAUAUGUCCACAGUGGUGGGACACGGCUGCAGCUAACGUGGCCUGUAAAGGAAAAAAGGAAACACUGGGUGCAGCAGAAGCUGGCACCAUGUCCUACCAUGUCCUGAGGGCAGACAUGAAUAGGACGCAGCUUCCAGAGGUCUGCGUCAAAGUACACUGCCAGGGUUAUGAGAACUCUCUAGCCGAAUGUGUUAUCUCCAACAAGGCUGUCAUUAAGGAUAGCGUCGCAGUGGUCUCGUGUUACGACAGCAAAAAAGCGUCAAACUGCAGCUUUACUUGCGCAAACGGGAAAUGUGUCCCAAAGAACAGGACGUGCGACGGAGUGGACGACUGCGGGGACCUCAGCGACGAAAUGUGCUGCAAAAAAUGUCGGAGUGGAGGUUUUCGCUGCAAGACUGGUGUGUGUGUCCAAAAGGCGGCGCUGUUAGACGGAACCAUUGACUGUCUGGAUGGUGAAGACGAGUCGCCCAAACACACAGUCAGCGGAGAGAACGAAGAGCAUCAGGAACUCAGGCGACUUGGAAAAGCAGAGCAGCAGUUUGUGUCACCUAAAAAUGAAAUCCAAACUGACAGGCUCCACUUGCAGUCCAAGUUACAGUGUGGCAUCCCCAAAGCCGCCACGGUGGAUAAUGAGGAGGUGGUGAACCGAGGGAGGACAAGCCGAGUCAGGAGAGUGGUGGGAGGAGUCCCAGCAAAACCGACUCAGAUCCAGUGGCAGGUGGCGCUGCAGGAAAACAAGAAGAUUGACUGUGGCGGAGCAUACAUCGGGGACUGCUGGGUACUCACUGCAGCCCACUGUGUCAAACCGAGUCCCACUUUGUACAAAAUCAAGUUUUCUCUCUGGAAAAAGUUUCAAGCUCAAGCAACAACAGACAUUGUUCCCGUUGAGGACGUCAUCAUCCACCCCAGUUUCGACUCUGCGACCUAUGAGAACGACAUCGCUCUGCUGAAGUUGAAAAAACUUCCAUUUGAGGACAAAUGUUUCGUGGACAACCCGGCCAUCAGCGCCGUCUGUGUGCCCUGGUCUACACAGCUCUUCCAGCCCAAUCACACCUGCAGCAUCUCCGGCUGGGGGCGAAACGCGGAGGGCAAAGCUGCUCGGGUUCUGCUCUGGGCCAACGUCUCCCUCAUCGAAAACUGUGAGAGUUUCUACAAGCAUCGCUUCAAGCCAGGAAUGAUGUGUGCAGGUGAUCUGGACGGCAGCGUGGACUCGUGUCAGGGAGACAGUGGUGGUCCCUUGGUCUGCGAGGACGAGCUGGGCGUGUCCUACCUGUGGGGCAUCGUCAGCUGGGGGGAGAGGUGUGGUCAGCCGGGCUUUCCUGGAGUUUAUACACAGGUGGCUCAUUUCUUCGAGUGGAUCCGAAUUCACACCGGUUGGGCAACAGUCACUAGGUUUAAUUCUUGAUGAUGCACAAACACACAGUUUCAAACUGACUCAAAGUUCUUCAAUUUCCAUCUGUCGAUGAAAUGUUUUCUGUUGUCGAACUAAUCUCUCCUCUUCUCUGAAGUGAAAUAAAGCUGUUUAAACACAGUCUUUUUCAAACACC